CCCUUGAAUUGACAUGCGACACAAACAUCUUAAAACAAGUUUUGUUUGGAAAUGUUAAUGGAUUCAAAAUGAAAUAUAUCUUUCAGUCUCUGUGUCCAUUAUGUAGAAAAUUCAUAUCAUGGUCUGUGAGGAAGACAAUAUUUGAAAGGUCAACUCGGGGGGUUCGAUGGUAUUCCAACGAAAAGAUCACAAAGAAAACAAAGUUGGAGCUUUCAAACUUUCCUGCAGAAAAUAUUCGGAACUUCAGCAUCAUCGCCCAUGUGGAUCAUGGGAAGAGUACUCUGGCAGAUCGUCUACUGGAGAUCACAGGUGUGAUACCGAAGACUGGCAGCAACAAGCAGGUGCUUGAUCGACUGCAGGUGGAGCGAGAGCGUGGCAUCACUGUCAAGGCCCAGACAGCAUCACUUUUCUACCAGCUUCAUGGAGUCACGUACCUGCUUAACCUCAUAGACACACCGGGCCAUGUGGACUUCAACUACGAGGUGUCCCGCUCCCUGGGGGCAUGUCAGGGGGUCGUGCUUCUGGUCGAUGCCAAUCAGGGUGUGCAGGCACAGACCAUGGCCAACUUCUACCUGGCGUUUGAGUCGAACAUGGUGAUUCUACCGGUGCUGAACAAAGUCGACCUGAAGGGGGCCCAGCCGGAGAUGGUCCUGCAGCAGCUGCACAACCUGUUUGACAUCCCCCCCGCCGACGUGCUGCAGAUCUCGGCCAAGCUGGGAACGGGCAUCGAGCAGCUACUCCAAGAGGUCAUACUUCGGAUUCCUCCCCCAUCAGGUGACCCUCACCAACCACUAAAAGCGUUGCUGUUUGACUCGUGGUAUGACCAGUACAAGGGUGUGAUAGCCCACAUGGCAGUCUGUGACGGACAUAUCAAGAGAGGAGACAAGAUCAAGUCCUGUCAUGGCCAGAAGGCGUACGAGGUCCAGGAAGUUGGAAUAAUGCACCCCACGGAGAUCCCCACGUCUGCUCUGUAUGCGGGGCAGGUGGGCUUUGUGAUGGCCAACAUGCGCAACACCAGGGAGGCCCAGAUGGGCGACACAUUCCACCUCGUUGACAGACCUGUCACCCCUCUUCCUGGCUUUAAACCAGCUAGACCCAUGGUGUUUGCAGGAGUAUAUCCCAGUGACCAGUCAGAAUACAGUGCACUGCGUAACUCAAUAGAGAGGCUGACACUCAACGACUCCAGUGUCUCCAUCAACAUUGACAGUAGUCCAGUACUAGGGCAAGGUUGGAGGCUGGGCUUCCUUGGCUUGCUGCACAUGGAGGUCUUCAACCAGAGACUGGAACAGGAAUACAAUGCCUCCAUCAUUGUCACCGCCCCAAAUGUUCCAUACAAAGUGAAGAUUUCGGGUUCCAAGAACAUUAGAAAAUACGGAGCCCCGGAAAUAACGCUGUUGAAUCCUUGCCUGCUACCAGAUACUGCCAUUAUUGAAGAUUUCCAGGAACCUAUUGUCACGGGAACCAUCUUGAUGCCGGACUCCUACCUUGGCAGCGUCACAUCUCUUUGUAUGGACCGCCGUGGCAUCAUCAAGGACCAGACGUACAUCGAUGAAAAGAGGAUAAUGAUGAAGGUGAAGUUCCCGCUGAACGAGAUCCUUGUCGACUUCUUUGAUCAUCUCAAGUCUCUGACAUCAGGCUUCGCCAGUUUCGACUAUGAGGAUGCUGGGUAUGAGAGUUCAAGUCUCACAAAGGUGGACUUCUUAUUGAACGGUAAGCCCGUGGAGGAUCUGGCUAUGAUCUGUCACUCCACGAAGGCCAGGAUGAUGUCGAGGGGCGUGUGUGCCCGCCUCAAGGAGUCCAUCCCUCGCCAGCUGUUCACCAUCACCAUCCAAGCAGCAGUCGGCAAACACAUACUAGCCAGAGAAGACAUCCGAGCCCUCAGGAAGGACGUACUAGCCAAAUGUUAUGGUGGUGACAUUUCAAGGAAAAUGAAGUUGCUGAAGAAACAAGCAGAAGGUAAAAAACGUAUGCGGCAGAUCGGAAACGUGGAGGUGCCAAAGGAUGCCUUCAUUAAUGCCUUGAAGAGAUGACUCUAGGCACCUAGGACACUUGGGUCAGGGGCUACUGGGCACCAUGGCUACUUGGGACAGGGACUACUGGGCACCUUGGACACUUGGGAAAGGGACUACUGGGCACCAUGGCUACUCGGGACAGGGGCUACUGGGCACCUUGGACACUUGGGUCAGGGGCUACUGGGCACCUUGGACACUUGGGACAGGGACUACUGGGCACCUUGGCUACUUGGGACAGGGGCAACUGGGCACCUUGGACACUUGGGUCAGGGGCUACUGGGCACCUUGGACACUUGGGACAGGGACUACUGGGCACCUUGGCUACUUGGGACAGGGGCUACUGGGCACCUUGGACACUUGGGACAGGGACUACUGGGCACCAUGGCUACUUGGGACACCUGGGACACCUAGACAACACACCUGUACAACACCCUAGUACAACAUGCCUGGACAGCAUGCCUCUACAACACACCUGUAAAUCACACCUAGACAACACACCUGUAAAUCACACCUAGACAACACACCUGUAAAUCACACCUAGACAACACACCUGUACAACACCCUAGUACAACAUGCCUGGACAGCAUGCCUCUACAACACACCUGUAAAUCACACCUAGACAACACACCUGUAAAUCACACCUAGACAACACACCUGUACAACACCCUAGUACAACAUGCCUGGACAGCAUGCCUCUACAACACACCUGUAAAUCACACCUAGACAACACACCUGUAAAUCACACCUAGACUACACACCUGUAAAUCACACCUAGACAACACACCUGUAAAUCACGCCUAGACAACACACCUGUAAAUCACACCUAGACAACACACCUGUAAAUCACACCUAGACAACACACCUGUACAACACCCUAGUACAACAUGCCUGGACCGCAUGCCUCUACAACACACCUGUAAAUCACACCCAGACAACGCACCUGUAAAUCACACCUAGACAACACACCUGUACAACACCCUAUUACAACAUGCCUGGACAGCAUGCCUCUACAACACACCUGUAAAUCACACCUAGACAACACACCUGUAAAUCACACCUAGGCAACACACCUGCACAAUACCCUAGUACAACACACCUGUAAAUCACACCUAGACCACACACCUGUACAACACCCUAGUACAACAUGCCUGGACAGCAUGCCUCUACAACACACCUGUAAAUCACACCUAGACAACACACCUGUAAAUCACACCUAGACAACACACCUGUACAACACCCUAGUACAACAUGCCUGGACAGCAUGCCUCUACAACACACCUGUAAAUCACACCUAGACAACACACCUGUAAAUCACACCUAGACAACACACCUGUAAAUCACACCUAGACAACACACCUGUAAAUCACACCUAGACAACACACCUGUACAACACACUAGUACAACACACCUGUUAAUCACGCCUAGACAACACACCUGUACAACAGCCUAGUACAACACACCUGUAAAUCACACCUAGACAACACACCUGUACAACACCCUAGUACAACAUGCCUGGACAGCAUGCCGCUACAACACACCUGUAAAUCACACCUAGACAACACACCUGUAAAUCACACCUAGACAACAAACCUGUACAACACCCUAGUACAACAUGCCUGGACAGCAUGCCUCUACAACACACCUGUAAAUCACACCUAGACAACACACCUGUAAAUCACACCUAGACAACACACCUGUAAAUCACACCUAGACAACACACCUGUACAACAUCCUAGUACAACAUGCCUGGACAGCAUGCCUCUACAACACACCUGUAAAUCACACCUAGACAACACACCUGUAAAUCACACCUAAACAACACACCUGUAAAUCACACCUAGACAACACACCUGUAAAUCACACCUAGACAACACACCGUGACAACACACUAGUACAACACACCUGUAAAUCACGCCUAGACAACACACCUGUACAACAGCCUAGUACAACACGCCUGUAAAUCACACCUAGACAACACACCUGUACAACACCCUAGUACAACAUGCCUGGACAGCAUGCCUCUACAACACACCUGUAAAUCACACCUAGACAACACACCUGUAAAUCACACCUAGACAACACACCUGUACAACACCCUAGUACAACACGCCUGGACAGCAUGUCUCUACAACACACCUGUAAAUCACACCUAGACAACACACCUGUACAACACCCUAGUACAACAUGCCUGGACAGCAUGCCUCUACAACACACCUGUAAAUCACACCUAGACUACACACCUGUAAAUCACACCUAGACAACACACCUGUACAACACCCUAAUACAACACACCUGAACAACACGCCUAGAGAACACACCUGUACAAGACCCUAGUACAACACACCUGUACAACACGCCUUGACAACACACCUGUAAAUCACACCUAGACAACACACCUGUAAAUCACACCUAGACAAAACACCUGUACAACACCCUAGUACAACAUGCCUGGACAGCAUGCCUCUACAACACACCUGUAAAUCACACCUAGACAACACACCUGUAAAUCACACCUAGACAACACACCUGUAAAUCACACCUAGACAACACACCUGUACAACACACUAGUACAACACACCUGUAAAUCACGCCUAGACAACACACCUGUACAACAGCCUAGUACAACACACCUGUAAAUCACACCUAGACAACACACCUGUACAACACCCUAGUACAACAUGCCUGGACAGGAUGCCUCUACAACACACCUGUAAAUCACACCUAGACAACACACCUGUAAAUCACAUCUAGACAACACACCUGUACAACACCCUAGUAUAACAUGCCUGGACAGCAUGCCUCUACAACACACCUGUAAAUCACACCUAGACAACACACCUGUAAAUCACACCUAGACAACACGCCUGGACAGCAUGCCUCUACAACACACCUGUAAAUCACACCUAGACAACACACCUGUAAAUCACACCUAGACAACACACCUGUACAACACCCUAGUACAACACGCCUGGACAGCAUGUCUCUACAACACACCUGUAAAUCACACCUAGACAACACACCUGUAAAUCACACCUAGACAACACACCUGUACAACACCCUAGUACAACAUGCCUGGACAGCAUGCCUCUACAACACACCUGUAAAUCACACCUAGACUACACACCUGUAAAUCACACCUAGACAACACACCUGUACAACACCCUAAUACAACACACCUGAACAACACGCCUAGACAACACACCUGUACAAGACCCUAGUACAACACACCUGUAAAUCACACCUAGACAAUGCACCUGUAAAUCACACCUAGACAACACACCUGUACAACACCCUAGUACAACAUGCCUGGACAGCAUGCCUCUACAACACACCUGUAAAUCACACCUAGACAACACACCUGUAAAUCACAUCUAGACAACACACCUGUACAACACCCUAGUAUAACAUGCCUGGACAGCAUGCCUUUACAACACACCUGUAAAUCACACCUAGACAACACACCUGUAAAUCACACCUAGACAACACGCCUGGACAGCAUGCCUCUACAACACACCUGUAAAUCACACCUAGACAACACACCUGUAAAUCACACCUAGACAACACACCUGUACAACACCCUAGUGCAACACGCCUGGACAGCAUGUCUCUACAACACACCUGUAAAUCACACCUAGACAACACACCUGUAAAUCACACCUAGACAACACACCUGUACAACACCCUAGUACAACAUGCCUGGACAGCAUGCCUCUACAACACACCUGUAAAUCACACCUAGACUACACACCUGUUAAUCACACCUAGACAACACACCUGUACAACACCCUAAUACAACACACCUGAACAACACGCCUAGACAACACACCUGUACAAGACCCUAGUACAACACACCUGUGCAACAUGCCUUGACAACACACCUGUAAAUCACACCUAGACAAUGCACCUGUAAAUCACACCUAGACAACACACCUGUACAACACGCCUUGACAGCAUGCCUCUACAACACACCUGUAAAUCACACCUAGACAACACACCUGCACAACACCCUAGUACAACAUGCCUGGACAGCAUGCCUCUACAACACACUUGUAAAUCACACCUAGAAAACACACCUGUAAAUCACACCUAGACAACACACCUGUACAACACCCUAGUACAACAUGCCUGUAAAUCACACCUAGACAACACACCUGUAAAUCACACCUAGACAACACACCUGUACAACACCCUAGUACAACAUGCCUGGACAGCAUGCCUCUACAACACACCUGUAAAUCACACCUAGACAACACACCUGUAAAUCACACCUAGACAACACACCUGUACAACACCCUAGUACAACACACCUGUAAAUCACACCUAGACAACACACCUGUAAAUCACACCUAGACAACACACCUGUACAACACCCUAGUACAACAUGCCUGGACAGCAUGCCUCUACAACACACCUGUAAAUCACACCUAGACAACACACCUGUAAAUCACACCUAGACAACACACCUGUACAACACCCUAGUACAACACACCUGUAAAUCACACCUAGACAACACACCUGUACAACACCCUAGUACAACAUACCUGUAAAUCACACCUAGACAACACACCUGUAAAUCACACCUAGACAACACACCUGUACAACACCCUAGUACAACAUGCCUGGACAGCAUGCCUCUACAACACACCUGUAAAUCACACCUAGACAACACACCUGUAAAUCACACCUAGACAACACACCUGUACAACACCCUAGUACAACACGCCUGUAAAUCACAUCUAGACAACACACCUGUAAAUCACACCUAGACAACACACCUGUACAACACCCUAGUAGAACAUGCCUGGACAGCAUGCCUCUACAACACACCUAUACAACACAAGAUUUGCUGCAAUGUUGGCAUUCCUGGGUCUUCAUAAUAAUCUACAGAACAAGCUGCUUGAUGUGAAAUAUGUACAGUAAAUGUUGUUGUCUUUA